AUGAACAAUUCCUACGCCAUGGCUGGUGCUGGUGAGAACCAUCGUCGCUCAGAGAGCUCAGAAGGCUUGAUGGGCGAAGACAAGACCUUUUCUUGCACGCACCCUGGGUGCAACAGACGCUUCACUCGGGCUGAGCAUAUGCAACGUCAUGCUCUCAACCAUAUGCCUGGCGGGUUGAGCUGCGAUUUAUGCAAUGCUCACUUCAAGCGACCUGAUCUGUUGAAACGGCAUAUGGACCGUCACCGCCAAAAAGAUCUCGAAGCAGGCGGACCAGGCUGCGGCGUUUUAGACACACGAAAGCGAUCUUGGAAGGCCCCGGACGGGUCUGUUGUAGAAAAGCGGCCCUGCCCGAAUCCGUCUGGACGGGGCCGGGCAUCGGGAGGAAAAGAGCGUCCUCAAGCUCAACAAGUUCCUUCACCUGACCCAGAACCCCACGACGGGGAUCAUAGUCUGUCCGGCUUAGACAUUGAGCCAGACCAAGACUACUCCAUCGACAACAUAUCACCAGAGUUUCACAGGCGCUCAACCUUGGAUCUUCGGCCAGGAAGCCAGAGCGACGCUCAACAGUAUUCCAUUGGACGUCAAGACGUUGUCAAUCCAACUGAACCUGUCACCAACUUCUCGGGGUUCCCUCCUUCUUUACAGUUUUCCGAUUUUAUAGGAUCGGAGAGCCACUUCGACAUCAAUACGACCCAGUCCAGUAGCUGGGGUGAGACAUCAUUCAUGAGCGAACAGUUGGACUACGAUCAGAUCUUCCAACCCGACACUGCCAGCUCCUUUAAUAUGCCAUACACGACUGCGCUGGAUUACAACUGGCUAUUCAACAUGCAAGAAAACUCAGCCCUCAUCGCAGCGUCGAGACCUUCGAAUCUAGCUCAAGACUUUGAAACUCACAUGGCAAACAAUCAAUCCCAACCUAAAUCGCAAGCAAACGUCGCCAUCACGCCGGAGUCGAUGAAGAGCGCACAGCUGUGGACAGAGCCCAUGGAGAUGACUAGCAAGGAUCAGGAGAGACAGAGGUCGUCCGAUCCACCAAGCAAUACCUCAACAACCGCUAGUGAAGCUGCCAGACGGCAAGCGAUGAGAAACUCCAGGGAGAGGAGCUCAGACAUCGCGCAGUUUCGAAGACCUAGCGAUGCGCCAUCAGCAGCUCGGCAGCGUUACCCUGCACCCAGCCGGCCAACUCCGACCGAACCAGAAAGACCACUGUCUUCCUUGAGGAAGCCGCUUACAAUCCCUCCUAUUGGCGAAGAUGUGAGAGAGAGGCUGUUAAACGUCAUUGACGGCGCCAAGCCUAACCUGCCUGACCAACGCGCCACGAUAUGGGAGCACCCGUUACUAUCAGCGGACUCACUAAAGUCGUAUCUGGAGCUAUUCUUCACUCGCUUCAACACCGCAUACCCACUCAUCCACCUAGAAACAUUUGACUGCAGGAAUACCGAACCUUUGCUCCUGUUGUCCAUCCUGCUGUUAGGUGCUACGUACUCGAGCAAAGACUGCCAUCAACUUGCUGUUUGCAUACAUGAUGUAAUCCGGCCGAGCAUCUUUGCCCAUGCCGGAUUCUCACCUAGGCCAGAGCUCUGGACAUUGCAGACAAUUCUGCUGGUCGAGUGCUUUGGCAAGUCGCGUGCCGGUCAGAAACAACACGACAUGAGCCAUUUGUUCCAUGGACUUCUGAUCAAUCUCAUUCGCCGUUCCGAUUGCCAGACUGUGCGACCGCCGGGUCCGCCACCAGUCUCGGGCGAAGAUAACCCCAGCAUCUUGGACCAGGCAUGGAGGAAGUGGGCCGAUGCGGAGCAGAAGAAAAGGUUGGCCUUGCUCUGUUUUAUGUGGGAUACGCAGCACGCAGUUCUCUUCUGCCAGAGUCUCUGCAUGUCAGCUUUUGAGCUCCGACUGGAACUACCGUGCAGCCAGAGCAUAUGGGAAGCUCGGGAUGCCGCAUCAUGGGCGUCGGCAUGGCGCUCAAGUCUUAGCGACCAGAGGUUGUUCUACUUGCCCACUCUGAAAUCUUAUCUUACACCUUCAGCCCCGCGACCAGCUGGCCUCACUGGAUUCUCGAGGAUUCUUGUUCUUCAUGGCUUGAUGUCCAUCUCUUGGGACAUGGGCCGGCGUGAUCAGACGGCUCUGGGUGUCGUCUCCGGAGAUAGCUUCGGGAUGGGUUGGCGCAAAUUGCUGAGCACCGCCUACGACGCAUGGAAAAACGACUUUGAUGCAUUCUGCAGCAGCUUCGCGUCCCAAUUACAACGGGGAUCUGCCUCCCAGGCCCAGGGAGUUCAACGGCAGGAGGGCGACGAAGAUAUGACUCGGAAAGUGGAGUUCGAGUCGUUCGCGGCAGCAUACAAGGCUCUCUAUCAUUCAGCACAAGCUUUACUCAACAUGGACUUCUUGGAUGUUCAGAUAUACGCUGGUGCUCGUCACAUCCUCGGUAGGCCAGUACAGCAACGAGACUACCACAGAUCCGCACAGGUUGUGAAGAAAUGGGCUGCGUCAGCUUGCGAGAUACAGCAGCAGCAGCAAAACCACCCACUCGUCCCAAGACAAGAUCGAGGAGGGGCUGCCGACACCAACGCCGACCAAUCCAAGCAAUCCGCGUCCGAAGCAGCAUGGCACGCGGCGAGAAUGCUAGUCGAAACCAAGCGAACGCUGAACAGCAUGGAGGCCAUGAACCUCUUCCACGUGCCGUGGUGUCUGUACCUGGCGACGCUUACCUGCUGGGCCUAUCACCACGCGCGACCUAGUCGAUCGUACGGGGCAUCUUCGCGGCGGGCGUUUGACGCCUUUGAUGAUGAGGAUGACUUUGAGGACGACGAGAUGAUUUGGGAUCCGCAAGGUGAGAUGGAGGCUCUGGUUGCGAGCAUGUCGGAGCGCGCGGUACGGGGCGAGGUCGCUCUACGGAGAGAGCGGAAGAGGACGAAUGGCUUGGUUUGGAUUAUGGCGGACGUUUUGACGACGGUGAGAUGGGGGAUUGUGCACGCUGGCGUAGUGGUGUUACGGGGUCUUGUGCCUCAGCGCCUGAUCAACCAUGCAUUCUACACAGUCAGCUUGAGCGGCGAUGUGUUCGGCCGAAGCUUGGCUGACAAUGUUGAGAUGCCCAUGUCAGAGUUCAAGCGUGGAUCUAUCGGCAACAUGACGGCAAUUAACUACUAUGAGCGUAUAACGGAGGUCUAUCGUUUGGACAAUACUCCAAUUUUGAUCGCUUCUGCCGUCAGCUUCAUCAUCGGCUACCUCCAGUAUACCUACGUUGUCAGGCUCACCCUACGUGAAGGAAAGGGUCCGAUGCCCUUCUGGAUGCAUUCAUUUUACCUCGCCCACGACUCGACAUGGUCUUAUACCCUUGGCAAGGCCGCCUCUCAGUACGGGGAGCACUGGUACCUGAGAGGCACGUCAAUAGCGCUCUUCCUCUGGACGAUGCUGGAAGUAUGGACUAUCCAUCGAUCCAUCACCAAAGAGCGCGAUGCCAGCUUUGGGAAUGUCCUCGGAAAGCAGCCAUCAAUGUCGGCAGCCAUUACAUACGCCCUGGCGCUGCAGAUGGGCAUGUACUCGAUCGUGCUUCUGGCCAUUGAGUUCAUGGGUGAGGGAUCCGUCAUGCAAUGGUUCUGCUUCACCAACGUCCUGAUCGUCCUUGGGCCUACGCAUCACUACUUGAGGGCUGGGUCCCGGCAUGGACUAUCUCUCGGUUUCUGCGUCGUCAACAUCAUCGGCACCAUCUGGACCUUUGCGCCUUUCGGGUUCUUUGUGCUCACUAUUCCGGAAAUCUUCGAUCAACAGUUGUACUAUAUCAUUGGGGUUAUUCUCACAGUGUAUUCCGUUGGGUGCUUCCACGUGGUAUCCCAGUAUCCGAGCAAGACUAGAGUCAUGGAUAAGGGUGGGAAGCAGCCAAUCUGGUAG